AUGCCCUUCUGCGCGCUCGUCGGCGGCCGCAUCUUCUGCAUGCACGGGGGGUUGUCGCCCGAUUUGCUCAACUGGGAUCAGCUGCACAUUAGCCGCCCGGUCGACCCGCCGAACCGUUGUCUGCACACGGAUCUCCUCUGGGCUGACCCAGAGCCGGGGGUGAACGGCUGGGCCGAGAAUACCCGUGGCGUCUCCUUCGUCUUCGGCGAGAAUGUCGUCCACGACUUUUGCGCCCGAAUGGAUGUUGAUCUGAUUGCGAGAGGACAUCAAGUCGUGCAGGACGGCUACGAGUUCUUCGCCGACCGCAAGCUGGUCACCAUCUUUUCGGCGUCGAGCUACUGCGGCGAGUUCGACAACAACGGCGCGGUGAUGGUGGUGAACCGGCAGCUCGAGUGCGCCUUUGAGGUGUUGCGCAGCAGCCGGAAGAUGAUCAAGAUCUGCUCGGGCAGACGCAAGGGCCAGAAGAGA